AUGCCGAGAUGCUGCAAUGAGAACAAGGCAGUGAGUUCGGUUGGCACCAGUCGGAAACAUAAUACAGAAGAUAUUUUGUUAACACAGAGUCGUUCUUUUUCAAUUGGAAAUCAGUUGGAUCUAGAAGAAGAUUCACCAAUUGUUGAAAAAUCACACAGAAGAGUAAGGUGUGAUUUAAGUCCAGUUACAACAAGCACAAGUACUAAUUUGAAUAUAAAGCUUUUAAGUAUUAAGGGAGAUAGAAACUCUCGUCAAGAUCAGGUGGGAACUGGAACUGGGAACAGAGAACGGGAAAAAGAAGUUAAAAAGAGAGCAGCUAUAGGCAAUACAGUGCGUGGACUCCUCUCAUCUGGCCACAACAGGCAGGACAGGUAUGAGACAAAUAGGCAACGAUCUUCAGGCGGAAGUGGCCUGUCAAGUUUAUGUCCAAAGCUGGUGGCCAGUGGAGGUAGCAGUAGUCAGGGAGGGAUUAGUUUGGCAGUGGGCCACUUAGCCUCUCAGGAAGGAGGAGGCCCUUGUUCAGUUGUAACAACUCAAAGGAUCCAUAAUCACUCACAUAAUCACAAACGCCAAAGAAAAUUAUCUAUUGUUUCACAAGCUGGCACUAGUGCCCAUAGUUCUGGAGAUCGAAAGACAUCAAGUAUAAGCCGUUCCUCUACAACAAUUUACAAAAAGCAAGUACGAACACAAAGAACUGAUCAUAACGCUGAUUCAUUAUCGAUAACAAGUAACGGAGUUGCUAGUAGUUCACCUUCUUCUAAAAAGAAAGCUUUGUCUGCAUUACGAAUUUCUGAAAAAUCAUCUCGGAAUCUCAAUUCGUCGUCUUUAGAUCAUGAAAAUGAAUGCAGUUUUAGUGAUGCGGAGGAAGCUAUUACAGCAACAGAAAAUGUGUUCAAUGUGCCAGGAUCUAGUUCUACACCAGCAACACCACUUAGUCGAUUGAAAUUAAAAAAAUCGGAUGAAGAUGAAACGAGCGUGGAGUGCAAUAUCAGUGAAGAAGGUGUUGAAUCGUCACAGAAUGUAUCAGACAAAAAAGUAUCAUUAGAUUCUAAUGAACAAAGAGCAUCAACGUCAGAAUGUUCCGAAUCUUCUAAAACUUCUAAUGUUAUAAGAAAAACAUCGGCAAAUAAUAUCGAAGAAGAAAUAACUACACAAAAUAAGCAAAAAGUAUUUUCCACUUCUUCCAUAAAUGCGAAAUGCGGCAAUAAUGAAAGCAAAGUUGCAAGAUCUAAAAGUAAAUAUGUUACAGAAAAAAUAAUUGAGCAACAAAAUAGUAAAAAUUUAAAAGAAACAAAUAUGGAGAAAGACACAGAUACUAGUACGUCCACAGAUACGUCCACGAGUUCAGCAGCUAAUAAAAGUACUGAAAAAACAAAACGGAAAACGUCUAAUGAAGAAUCGAAGUCUACGAAUAUUACAGAGAGCGAAGACUCAACUAAAAGUUCCGAAAAAGAUGCGACUGAUGAUAAAAAAGACACACAACAAAGUGAGGAAGUGGUAAAAAGUUCGAGAUUUGUAACAUCGAAAGUAUCAGAAGAAAUAGUGGAAACGGAGGUUAAAGAUAUAGACGCGCAAAGAGAGGUAGAGGAAGAAGUGACGAUAUAUGACGAAGAUGAUAAUGGCACCAGUAUCAGUGAUAUUGUUGCUGCUCAGGCACUUCAUGAAUCUCUGAGUAAAUUAGGAAAAGUACCACCUUUAGACACAGAAAUGGAGGAUGUUAAAGAUAUGAGUACACAAGAUGAGACCAAAAUGGCAAAAGAUCCUCAAAAAGAAGUCGCGCAAGAAGAAGCAGUUGAAGGCUUCAUUGGUCCUUUACUUGAUGAAAAUUUUAAAGCUGAUGAAAAAUUAGCGCAAAAAGCGAUGGCCAUGGAAGAAGUUCGAAAUUUAUUGAUGAAGGUUAAAGUGCAAACUGUUGAAGAUGAUGACGAUGAAGAAAAAGCUAUUGGGAUAUCGCCGGAUGGUAGAUUUUUAAAAUUCGAAGAAGAAAUCGGCAGAGGCAGCUUUAAGACUGUAUAUAGAGGUCUGGAUACUCAAACUGGUGUAGCUGUUGCUUGGUGCGAGUUACAGGAGAAAAAAUUAAAUAAGACGGAAAGAUUGAGGUUUCGGGAGGAGGCAGAAAUGUUAAAAGGAUUACAGCACCCAAAUAUUGUUAGAUUUUAUGAUUAUUGGGAAGUUACACUUACACGCAGGAAAUACAUUGUGCUAGUCACUGAACUUAUGACUUCAGGAACAUUAAAAACGUACCUAAGACGCUUUAAAAGGAUUAAUCCAAAAGUAGUAAAAUCUUGGUGCCGACAAAUUUUAAAAGGCCUUAGCUUUUUACACUCAAGAUCACCACCAAUUAUUCAUCGUGAUCUAAAGUGUGACAAUAUUUUUAUUACCGGUACAACAGGAAGUGUAAAAAUUGGCGACUUAGGUCUUGCUACUCUUAAAAAUCGGAGUUUUGCAAAAAGUGUUAUUGGAACACCUGAAUUUAUGGCACCAGAAAUGUAUGAAGAACAUUACGAUGAAUCUGUUGACGUUUAUGCGUUUGGAAUGUGUAUGCUUGAAAUGGCUACCAGUGAAUAUCCAUACUCGGAAUGUACUGGACCAGCGCAAAUAUAUAAACGCGUAGUAUCGGGUGUGAAGCCGCAAAGUUAUGAUAAAGUGGAAAAUCCGGAAGUACGUGAAAUUAUAGAGAUGUGUAUCCGUUUAAAAAAAGAAGAACGGCCGUUAGUUAAAGAUCUUUUGAAUCAUGAAUUCUUUGCGGAUGAUGUUGGACUAAAAUUGGAAAUGGUUUCACGAGAUUCGGCUGUAGCGGAUGCAGAACUGUCACGUGUCGAAUUCAGACUACGAGUGUUAGAUCCUAAGAAACGUACUAACAAGCAUAAAGAAAAUGAAGCGAUCCAAUUUGACUUUGACAUUCAAACUGACAACGCGGAAGAGGUAGCCUCAGAAAUGGCUAAAUCUAGCCUUAUACUCGAAGAAGAUGUUAAGGCUGUAGCAAAAAUGUUGAAAUCGCAAAUCACUACUUUGUUACGAGAGAGGGAAGAACGUAAAGCCAAAGAAGAAAAAGAACGACUAGAUCGAGAAGCGGAUAACGUUAACACAACUAAUGAGAAUCUGUUACAACAACAAUUACUACUCCAACAAAUGCAAUUACAACAACAGCAGCAACAAAUGCAAUCGAACAUGGGCAUUCAAAUGCAAAACCAAGUACAAAUGCAGUUACAGCAGAACCAAAUACCUCUGCAACAACAACAGCAAAUGCAGUCUGUUGCACAACAAUCCCAACAACAUAAUUUACAACCGCAACAAGUUCAAUUAGUUCAACAGCAACCAAUGAUGCAGCAACAAACAUCUGUUGUUCAGCCUCAGCAAGCACAGCAAAUGCAACAAGUACCUCAGGUUUCGCAACAGCAAGUGCAAUAUCAACAACAACAAUAUCAACAACAGUUACAACAACAGUAUCAGCAGCAGCAGCAGCAGCAGCAACAGCAACAACAAUUUUCUCAACAUGUUUCACAAAAUUUAACUGCUACUUCUUCACAAUGUUCCACUCCUCAGUCUGUGCAAACCCAACCACAAUUUCCUCAAGUAACCCAGCAAAUGCAACAGCAACAACAUAUGCACCAACAACAACAAUACAUACAAUUGAAUCAAAUGAACGUGCCGCAACAGAUGAGUCAUCCAAUACAGCAACAGAUGCAACCUCAAAUGCAAAUUUUGUCUCAGCAACCACAUAUGCAUCAGCAGAUGCAGCAACCUCAACAAGUUCAAUAUUCUCAACCUCAAAUGCAGCAUGUUCAGCAAGUACAUCAACAUCCUGUGGGUUCCCCUCCAGUUCAAAAUCAACAAUAUUAUCAACAAAGUGCUACAGGAACUUCUGGAUACAAUACACAGCCCAUGUAUCAGCAAAAUAUAUCUCAACAAAUGUAUCAUUCAUACACUAGUUCGAAUUCUUCUGGUCAUGUCGAAAUUUUAUCAUCCAACCAGCCUGCACCUCAAAUGUAUUCUCAUCAAAAUAUCCCCCAAAGUACAGCGCCUCCAACAUCACAGCCUUAUAUACAACAACAAGCAGGACAAGUUCAAGCGUCCGUAGCAUCCAAUAUAAAUAUUCAAAGUACGUCAGCGGCAACCCAUAUUCAAAAUACAGCAACUUCUACAAUUCCAAAUGUGCAAAGUGCAUCUGCACUUAUUUCAAACGGUGCGGUUCAACCCCAACCUCAACAGAACGUUUUAGUUCAAAUGCAAUAUUCACAAAGUUCCAAUGUACCCACUUCUGUACCCAUAUCAUCCGGCAUUUCGGCACAAUCGACAACGACAUCGCAACAUCAGCAGCAUUUCGUUUCAAAUACGGAACCGUGUUCUACCACAGAUAGAUCAUCCUUAACUAAGCAGGAUACAAUGGAUUCUGUGCAAUCUUUGCCAGCAGAUGCAUCUCCUAACGUUCAAGAUCAAGGAAAUGCACCUAAUUUGAGCAAUGCAAGCGCCACGUCGCAAGCAGUAGUGCCAAACGAAGGAGUAACUCAAGAAAGUGCUGAAAAUGUCGCUUCAUCUGAAAGAUCUAGAGUGAAAAGAUCAGGUACGAAACGUAAGAAGCCAGGCAUCAAAUUAACAGUUUUAUCUGUAAGCAGCAAUGAAGGACAAUCGAUGACUGUUGAAUGCCAACUAGACACGAGCAAACAAAAAACUGUAACGUUUAAAUUCGAUAGAGAUGACAUGGUACCUACUGAUAUUGCUAACAAUUUGGUUGCCGAAAAUUUAUUACCACAAUCUCAAUGCGAAACGUUCGUCGAUUUAAUAGAAGAUAUUGUUAAACAAUUGCGCUUGGACCCCGCACGUGCUUUACCUUUAGUGGCACAUGGUCCACCAGAUCAAUCUGCCGGUGGUAGUCCGGUUACAAGUCGUCGACCUAGAGAUCGCGACCACAGUCUUGAUACAGCUAAGCAGGUGAGACAUGGCUCACUAACUCGUCAAAGCAGCCACCGAUCGUCGUACAAAGUCCAUCGUAGACACCGUUCGAGAGACGAAACUUCCAACACUUCCACACCUACGAAAUUAUUGCAAAUUGAUCAAAUUCUUUCUCAUAUUACGGGCUCCACCUCCACGGAAAAGCAACAAAAUGUGCAAACACCUGACAGCCAAAUGGGUCCUGAAAACACGUCAGCUGAUGCAUCCAGGAGAUCAUCCACCUCCACGCAAAAUACUGAUACCUUAACACCGACGAAUUUACCGAGUGAUCCUACUGAUCCAACUCAAGAGACUAUAGUUUCCGUAACUUCUGCAGAUACAGUUGCCGACGUACAUCACAUGCAUAAGGAUGAAACAGCUAAAUCUUAUCAGUGUACGACAACGUACACUCAAAGUCAAAUACAUGAUCCAACUUUUAUAAGUCAAACGAGUGAAAAAUCUAAAGAAUCCACUGUUCAAGAUACAACAGAACAAGAAAAGGAAAUGAAUAAAGAAGCGCAAUCUGAUGCCUCAGUAUCUGCAGAAGUAGCUACUUUAACUGCUCCACCACCAAUGCGAAAAAUCUCCCGCUUCUUAGUCAGUCCUGUGGUUGAACAGAGGGUCGUUACAAGCGAAGAAGAAGGAUCUAGUACUGUAGAAAGUACAGAUAAAUCGAAUAUAUUAACAACGCAGUCGAGUUCAUUACCGCAACCUAUAGCAACUGAAGAAGCACCAGUAAAACACGACGAUCUAGAAGUGAAUCUCUUAGAAACGCAAGCUGCUAUGCUAGAAAAACCUGGCAUCGAAACAGUUACGCAGAAUUCUCAAUAUGUCACGGAACAAGUGGAAAACGUACAAACGGUGCAACAAAUGCAACAAACAAUUGGUCUACAGAAUGCUGUACAGGGGCAAACAAUGCCAGCUAUGUCACAAAUGCAGCAAAAUGUUAACGCUGUGCAGUCUAGUCAACACAACGUUAUCGUUCAAGGAACAACGAUAACGCAUCAAUCGUCUCAACAGAUGUCAUCCGUGUCUCAAAAUGUAACUGUAACGCAGAAAGAUUUACAGGCUCAAGUUCUUCCAAGCGGAAUCAAUUUACAAGGACAGUAUCAAAAUCAGCCCAUGCAAUGUAACGUUUUAUUACAACAACAACAAAUCACUAUGCAGCAGAAUUUAACACAAAUGCACAUGCAGCCUGAACAACAGCAUCAGGUACAAAUGCAAGCUCAGCGGCCGUUGCAACAGUUUCAUCCUCAACAAGUACCGCAACAACAUCAACAAUACGUUAUACUGUCUGGGCCGAUUCCGCAAUUGCAGCCAACUGCCCUUAUAGAUGAAAGAAAUCGCAGGAUUUCCAAUAUUUCUACAGCAUCGAACAUGUCUACAGAUUCUCAAAUUUCGGAAACCGCUGGUAUCACGGAUGAUAAAAAACAGCAACCCAUGAUUGUACCUAAUGCAUCUAUGCCUCAAAUGCAACAUGUACAAUUUAUUCCCCAACAAGAUGGGUCAAACAUCACAUCUUUAACACAGACUGGUUCUGUCCUGGAACCAGUCCAACAACUUCAAACAGUCCCUCAAAAUAUAGUGAAUAUUCCAGCAAACGUAUCUGUUCCUGUUUCAGUUCCUGUUCACCAAGUUGUUACUACUGAAGUUGCUCCCAAAGUUAUACUCAAAACAAAAGAAGUCUCAUCGACGCUUCCAGAUUUAGCGCAAAAUUUAGCGAAUAUACUCUCGAAUCCGAAAUCAAAAUCUGUAACUCCUCAUUGUUUAACCAGCCACGAGCCAAGCCAGACUGUAAAUGUCCAGGGAACUACAAUACUCGAAUAUAAGCCUACUCUUCAGUCUGAACAGUAUUUUCAACCUAUUCAACCGGAAGCAAGUCAAAUACAAAUGCAACAGCAGUUACCGCAUAAUUAUCAAAUAAACAUACCGCAGCAAGCAAUUCCGCAAACGUUUCAAAUCAAUCAGCAACCUCAUCAAACGCAAAUGCCUUUGCAACAAACAAUGCAACUAAACGCACCCCAUCAGAUGGAUCCUCAGUUACAAAUGUCACAACAAAAUUUUCAAGGUGUGGCAGUUCACACAUUGAAUUCACAGGGCAAGUGGAUUACUUCUACGAAUCAGAAUGUUAUACAGCAGACUGCACCAACCAGACAUGUCCAACAAAUUCAACCACAAUUGCAACAAACUGUUCCUGCACCACAGCACAUUAUACAAGAUAUUCAGAACAUAGAAGGCCUUGCUCUGUCUGAUCAAUCUCAGUUUCAAAUAAAGCCUUCAGAUCAACAAUUCUCAGUAAAACCGACGGAAAUAGAAAGCCAAGAAGGAACCAAUUUACCUGGGCGUGUUACUGCUGAAUACCCUUUGUUAUCGGAAAAUGAGAACUCCAGCCAUGAUAUAACUCCGGAACAUACGAUUGUUGAAUCUGUAGAUUCGGCAUUAUUUACGCAAAAUCAAAUAUUGCAACAGUAUCAGUUACAGCAGCAGCAGCAACAACUACAACAACAACAACAUCGAAAACUUAGCCAACAGAAUUCUUUGGAUAAAGUAUCAGAUACAACUGCUGGAACAAAUAUUCCAGGUGGAACAGGUCCACAAACAAUAGCAGAUCUCCAUCAAAAACUUGUUCAAUUAACAAGUCAACCGUCCGAAGCACUGAAUGUAGGUACACCACCUAUAAGUUACCCAGCUACUCCUCACAAUCACCAGAUAAUAGGAGGAUAUGAUGCUUACAUGCAUUCUUUGCAACAGAAACUUGUUAACAUUGGUAUGCCAAUUUCAACUACACAUGGCAUAGGCCCUUUGUCACCUCAGACUACAAUACAGUCUGCUACAACUUUGGCUGAUUCAAAUGUUACAACAAAUGUUGAAAAUUCUGUUUUAACUCAGGAUAGCUCAAUUCAUCAACUUGCGCUUUCUCAAACUCAUGUAGAUUGCUCUCUCGAUAGUCCAACACCAGUAGGAGGUCCUAUGGGUUCAGAAACUAUGAGUCCUAGCAAAGAGAGUAUAAAGGUCCGAACGCAAAGACCAGGAUCGCGUCUCCAGGAAUUGGAACAAGAAUUAGCAAAGAUUCAUCACAGAGGAUCGAUUCUACCAACGGCUUCUCCACAACCUUUAACACCACCUGUUUCUGCUGUUGGUUCAGUUCAAGUACAACCAUUGCUGCAGUCUACUCAGAGUUUGCUGACUACUGUUCCAUCUGCAACUACUGUGCCUGUUGCUACUGUUACUCCCAGUGUCAUUACAUCACGCUCUGAUACAAACACUCCAGUGCAAACAGAAUCUCAAGAAAAUGCUUCUGAAAAGGUUAGUACAACUCAACCUGUUAGAAAAAUAUCAAGAUUCGUGGUUUCCAAGGUCGCAGGUCCUCCUAGUAAUGCUGUUCCACCCAGCCAACAACAUACUGAUAUACCAAAAGCCCAUGUGGAGGAUUCAAAGGUUUAUCAUGCAGAUGAUACACAGGGUAUAGCAGUACAAAUAAUUCAUAGUCGCGAAGGUUCUGUUCCACCUACACAAGUUACUCAGCCUGUUAACGUUCCUGUUUUAGAAUCAGAAAAAGAUGAAAGAUUUUGGACAUUGACACCAAGCGAAGAAUACCAAUUGCUUAUAAAAAAACAAACUAUGGAAUUGGAAACUCUACAAAGAAGACAUAGAGAAGAAUUGGAACGAUUUCAACAACAUCAAUUGCAGUUAUUGAUUCAACAGCAACAACAAGCAAGUGCACUUCAUCAACAUCACCAUCAACAUCAUCCAGUGCUAUAUCAUACUGUUACAACUAGCAUGGCAGGACAAACUAGACUUCCAGGUACAGAAGACUAUUUAAUGUUUAAUACAACACCCCAAACUCCAUUACAAAAAGCUCCAAGUAAUUAUCCAGAUACCGAUGAAACAUUAAGAUUAGCUAUGCAAAAAUUGAAGCAAACACCCUUGCAACUACAACCGCAGCAGGCAGCAGCUGGAAUACCACACGCUUAUGUUAUUCCAAUUCCAGUAGUGCCUUCUGAAACUAUGCAAAAUGUGCCCUCUCAACAAUCUAGUAGUUAUACAAGUGAUAUAGCAGAAUCUCUUGAUCCAACGCAUAAUCCGGCAAUCAUAAAUUCAACGCAAUAUCAAUUCACACCUAUAUUACCAGAUGGGACAAAUAUCGCAGUGUCCUCCACUGGAUCAUUAGUCACACCCAUACCAAUAUCAAGUUCAACGGGAAGCGGGGGUUACAUCCAGUAUCACGAAAAUCAAACAUUAUCAAACUUUCAAACAUUUAGCUGUACACCACACGGCGGUUUCUUUUUACCGGCUGGUUAUCGACUAAUAUACGCUCCACCCGGAGCAUCUCAAUCUCAGCCAGCUACACCAGCUACUCCACAUAUAGGAAAUUCUCAUGACGGUACACCGCCAGCAGAACCUUUGCACGCUGCGAAUGCUGACAAUUCAACAGCUCCUCCUUCCCAUAUCGAUCAAUAACGUAAUAUUCAGCAAGUUAUGGUCUAUAUUUUUCGAUUUAUUCAUUUCCGUAAUACAUUCUUUAUUUAACUUGUUGCCCUUAUCCACUAGUAUGAGAAUCAUACAUUAUUACGAUUGUUAUUAUCUAUUAUAGUUCUGCUAAUACGUAUUGCUACCCUUGUCCUCGUGGAUAUGUAUGCGGGGAGGCGCGAAUGAAAGUAUUUAGGAUGUAUUCGAUAUUGUAACAUCUGUGCGUAAUUGCUAAAAUAUUCCCGCUGUCUACGCGUGAGCAUGAUAUUAAUGUUUGAUAUAUGCCUCACAGCAAAAGUUACAAGAAAACUCGAUUCACACACGGAGAAUAUUUUGAACGAACGAAUUAAGUUUC